UUCUCCUGCCUCAGCAUCCCAGGCAGCGGGAUUUCAGGGUUGCCCUACUGCACUUGACAUGAGGAAGUUGAGAAGGGUAUUACUGAGUGUCUGCAAAAGUGAUAUCUGCAUGAGGCUGGCUCUUCAGCUGCACUCUGCUCCUACGGGCAUGCUUCGGAAAGUUUAGAGGAUGGCACUUUGCUACUCCAGGGCCAAAUGAGGAAGGAGCUCAUGAUGCUUCAAUGCUGCCCUUUCCUACUUUGCUGCCUCCUACUUUCCGGCAUCCAGUCCUGACUCACUUGCUCCCAGACUACUGAUGAGCACAUACCACCCUGGAAGUACAUGGACAGCACUGUAGAUUCCUAGUCCCAUAGUUCAUGAUGGAGACUGUGGGCAUCUUUUUUAUCUGUCUGGGUAUUUUAUUUUACACGUUUUGUCUACGUGUAUCUCUGUGUACUGUGUGCAUGCCUGGUACCCACAGAGACCAGAAAGGGUGUUGGAGUGCCAGGAACUGGAAUUACAGACAGAUGUGAGCUGCCAUGCGGGUGCCGAGAGUUGAACCCAAGUCUUCGGAGAGGCAGCAGGUGCUCUUAAAAACUGAGCCACGGGAGGGCCUGUUGCCUUCAGUGCUGUGUUUAUUCUGAGAAAGUUAACCGUUCACUGCUGUGGGGAGCAGGAGACCUGGAUCCCUAUAUAUUUCUGGAUGACCCCGCUCUUGCAAGACCUAAGAUUGCUCAUCCAUUACUAAGGCAAAAGAUGUGAUGAACAUUUCAGUUCUCAUAAGAAUUCAUAAUGGUGUCUUGUGACAAAAACGAACAAAAAACGAAACAGACCCUCAGUGAAGCUGAGCUGCCCAGAUGGGGCUCAGAUGAACCAAACAGCCCCUAUGAAGUAGAGACCAGCCAAGAUGUCCAGAAGAAACAAGAGGUCAAUCAGACCGCCUGGAAGAAGCAAAAACAAGCAGCUUGAAGAAAUCAGAGACCUGCUUGGAAGAGACGCAGACCAACCGAGCUACCCAGAAAGGACCCCCUGUAACUCGUUAAACUGUCUGCCUGUUGUAGAGUAUGUUCUGGCUUUCCUGUGUUCAAGAACUGUCAGCCAUGCUGAGGGAGAAUUGGUGAUGCAGCUGCAUUUAAGACAUUUCUGCUCCUUUUUGAAAGCGACCGAGGAGACAAGAGUGUUGGAUGCCCCCAAACUGGAGUUCCAGGCAGUGGCCCACCAUCAGGGUGCUAGGAAUCAAAGCCACGUUCCCUACCAGAGCAAGCAAGUGAUCAACUCCUGGUGCAUCUCUGCAGCUCCCAUUAGGGUAUUUCCAAUGGCAGAAGAAAUCGCACUGAGCACGUUUUUUACAGAGUCAGCAGAGGAAGGGGAGCUAAUGGAUGCUUUCUGGCUCAGCUACACCAAGAGUCAGUCCAGUAACAAAAAACUGAACAACAUGUUCUGCACAGAAUGCACUGUAAUCUAUGGCUCAUUUGUGGUCUUUUUCCUGGAAAUCCCUACUACAGAGUUUGUCAUCAAAGAGAGUAAAUGAGGAUAGCCACCAGCCAAGCAUGCUUGCCUUGCCAACCAACAAGAUAACAGAAGAAGCAAAGACACAAUGAGGUUGCACAGAAGUUAAAGCUAAAGGGAGUUAUCAGCAUCUCCCAGGGCCUUCCUUCCUCUGCUCUCCAGAUGGCAAGAUACUGACAACCUAAAGUUCACCACUGUCAGGUGAGGAUGCUCUGGCCAUUUGAAGAUGUUGCCUGGAUCAUCAUCUUCUUCAUGGAUGGGAGUUACAAAAGCUGAUGUGGUCCUUAUCACUGUCAGCCAUGAGAUGCCUGGAGUGGUCACCGCCCCCCUCCCCCCACCCGCCAGCUCUGCCACUGUGCCCUUUGCUCCCCAUGGAUACAUAUCUCUUCACUGCAGAGCUCCACACGUUGAUGCUGCCUGCUACAUGACAUGUGCCAUGGUCCUAACAGGAUGACAUCUCCAACUAGGGUGUCAGUUCUUCUUCUUCCAGGCUCAGGACAUCUCAGGCUCAUGAGGCUAUCCUCGGGUUUACGGUAGAAAGAACUGGACCAGUGAGCUGAGGCAGCCACAUCACAGACACGAGGACCAGUGUGUCAGUGUGCACACAAGGACCAUGAAAGUUCUGCUAUGUCCCUACCGUGUGCCUCUGUACUCGGGUUCUUGCAGGUCUCUCUGGAACCCUGGCGUGGGCAGGUCUGCUGCUGUCAAAAUGAGAACUCUUUUCCAGGCAACCAGCUUCUCUCAAGAUUGCUACCAGCACUACUCUCACUGCAGUACCUGGUGAAGCCACCAGAGGGAGGCAAGGCAAAGCAGACAGAAACAAACAGGCGGCUUAUGUGGCAAAAUUUCUCCAGUUCUCUAUGUUCUCUAUGUUCAACACCACUGUAUCGCUGCAUAGCCCAUGCGUCCUUCCCUCUUCCUGCAGGGAUUCCAGUCCAUGAACUGAGUAAUCCUGGGCUCUGUACCUGUAUUUGCACUUCUCCCACUGAACUUGAAAGUCUCUGCCCAUAACAGUCUCCAUUCUGGUACCCAGAUUGUUCUACUACUCCUGGCCUUAGACUUCUUCCCUUAUGGGUAGGCAGACUCUGAGACACUUCAAAACAUCCAUGGAUAGCACGUACCAAGAUAACACACAUGAGAGCAAGCAAAAUCUAUUCCUUCAGAGCUUACUAUGGCAAGAAUCAAAAUUCAUCCCUUGCCACUGAGGCUCACAGGAAGGCAGGGUGAGGAAACUCCAUGGAGGAGAAGGGAAGAUCUGAAGGCCAGCAUCCCACAGGGACUGCCUUGGAAACUGGGGUGGUUUCAAAGAAAAUGAUCCCCAAAGGGAAGGGCACUAUUAGGAGGUGUGAAUUUGUUGGAGGAGGUGGGUCACUGUGCAAGUGGGCUUUGGGGGUCCCUUUUCCUCAAGUUUCCCUCAUUGUGACAGCCAGUUGAUUUCCUGCUGCCCUCUGGUGAAAGAGGUAGCCAGCACCACAUCUGUCUGCACACUGCCAUGUUCCCCUUCAUGAUCAUAAUGGACUGAACUUCUGAAACUGUAAGUGAGCCACCCUAAUUAAAUGUUUU